UUUGCGAUCCGUUUGUUCCCUAUUGAUAUCAACAACUUUGUAAGUAACAGAUCAGAAGCUUCAUGUUAGAGCAUGAGAACGCAGCACGAUCAUGAAUGAGUAUGAGAACGAAUAAUUCAAGAUUCGCAAGAACUUAAACAAAUGAACAAUAUUAAGAUGGAGCAGCAGUUGCAUGCGAAAGCGGCGGCGCAAGCUGCGGCGACUGGUUUUCCACCACCUCCUCCUGGACCAGGAGGGUUCAUUGUCAUGAAAGGCCCCCCACCUGUUCUCUCUGGGUUGAAGGUACUUUAACGUUUUGUGACAUUCUUCUUCACAUUUAGAUAAUAGAGCAUGGACGAUGGCUUGAUAGAUAUUGAUAGAGCAUCGAUAAUAGAACAUUCUUCACAUAGAUGGAUGAUGCCUUGCGUGGAUCGCAAUGCAUUGAAUGGAUUUCAUGGGCAGGAGGAACGAAGGCGUGACUUUUUUAAAGGGGGCUAUAUAUAUUUAACACUCAAAUAAAACUACAACCGGUUAGUUUUAUUUACCUCUAGAGCCUUAGCCCUUCCAGCAAUGUACAUAGAAGUGGCGUAGUUAUCAGGCACUCUUGUCGGUACUAUAAGACAUUGGGAGGAGGUCUUCUACUAGUAGUACUAUAAUUUCUUGCCCUCCUCGUCCACUCGUCGAAGUGAGUUGUUUAGUUCAACUUCAUCAAGAUCAACGUUUUUCAUCUCGUCAGGGAGCGCCUGCGACCGGAGCAGUGGUUGCGGGAAAAAAGGGAUUUUCUCCUUUUGGUGGUGGACCUGUGUCAGGGUUCUUUCCCGCAGGAGGUCCACUUGUUGGAAAGCCUGCAGGAGGUCCAGAUGGAGGAGGUGGAGUGACUCCUUCUUCCGCAGGUGGAAUGACGCCGAGUUUUGCGCAACAUCAAGAUGGGGCGAAUCUUCCAAAUGCGCCUAUAGCUAUACAACCACCGUCUAGUACAACUUCUGCCUCAAAAAAAGGUCGUGGGCGAGCAAUGAGUGGUGGAAAUCCGAACAUGCUACCCCUUGGGGGCGGAGGUGCGGGUGCGGGUAGACCUCAUGGAGGAUCGAUGGAUCAUCCACAUCAACACCAGCCGAACCCUUUCACUGAGGCGCCUCCUCCGCCGCCAGGUCCUGGAGUAGUUAUCACGGCACCGGCAGGUGCACCGCCACCACCAGGCAUGGCGCAGGUAAUAAUGCCACCAGGUGGGGUCGUGAUGCAGCCCCAUGUCAACAUUUCACCUCAAGGCUCGGCGCCUCUCUUAGCAGGUGCGGAACCACCUCUCGUGGUGAUGACGGGCGGCAAGAACCCACCGAGAAGUCGGUACUUCUACUAAAGUUAGUUACACGAAUUGCAGAUGAUCCUCAUGGUCAUGAUAUGCUCAACGAUGAAUUUUGAAGAAGUAUUAGAACUCGUUGAUGCAGUCUAUAGAUACUAUUUUUACUUUAUUUACUAUUUAUACUAGCCUCCACAAGCUUCGCCCGGCUUCAAGUUAGUUUAGCACUUUUCUGCGGCCUCCCACGGGCUACAGCCGCUAGAGUAGAGACAUCCCGCGGGUGAGCUGUUGCACCUUACGAAUUGACUACGACAAGAGCCGAGUGCCGGCGGUAGCCGACUCAGAUGAGUCGACUCAUGUGCAGGGCAUUGCGCUGCCUUCGGUUUUUUUUUGAGAUUGCCGGGCGGGUCAUGCAAAUUCUUAAGAAUUUGCAAGACCCCCACGGCAGUCCAACAAAAAAACCAGAAGAGAGCCACCAGACACGCACAAGAAUCCGCAAGCCCCAACGCACGCAAGCGCCUCGCGGUGGCGCCAGGCAAGAACGAGGGGCGACCUUGAUGGGCCAAACAAGACAAAGCAACGCAGGGCCGCGCUGCUUGGGUCUCUCUACGCGCUUACACCUGGCGGGGCUUCUUUGUUUCGUCAGAUGUCUCUCGUCAGAAACAGGCGGGCGCACUUCGCGGGGUCGUGCGGCGUCGCGCUUCGGGCUGUGGCUGAAGCCUCUCGGCUGGCUGACGUCUUUCACCAAGCUGGAGACUAAGGCCCUCCAUCAGGCUGAUGCCGUUCGUCAGCCCAACGCUCUGCGCCAGGCUGGCGGCGUUCGUCGGGCAGGCCGGCGCCCCUCGGCAGGCGUCUUGGGUCAGGCUGAGGCUUUUCGUCAGGGUCGGGCGACGUCUCUCGUCAGGCUGAAGCGCUUCGCCUGGCUGACAUUCCUCGCCGGGCCGAGACUCACGCCUUUGGUCAGGUUGAUGGCUUGCUUCAGCUCGGCGCCGUUCGUCAGGCUGAUGCACUCGCCAGCCAGGUGAGGCCUCUCGCCAGGCCGGCGCAAUGCUUCGCCAGGCGUCUGCCUUGCGUCGGAGGGAACAGGCUGAGCGGGGCCUUUCUUCGGGCUGCGGAUGUCUUUCCUUCGUAAGAUUGACCCCGUUCUUUCGUCGGACUGACGUGCUUCGCCAGAUUGACCGCGUUCGCCGGACUGACGUCCUUCGCGAAAGGUCUUCGCUAUCUUCAAGGGCCUCGCGCCACAGGGAGGCCUCGCGUCAGUUUUUCUGGCGGAGGUCGUUCGUCAGAUGUCUGCUGUCGCGGGUCUCACUCUUGUCGUGUCGGAGGUCUUGGGCCCAAAGGUCGUCUUUGGUCCACGCACAGGUCGCCGGUGGUCCACAGGUCGCCUGUGGCCCAAAGGUCGUCUUCGGUCCAAAGGUCGGCUUUGGUCCAGAGGUCGUCUGUGGUCCAGAGGUCGCUUUUGGUCCAGCGGCCGUCUUUGGUCCAAAGGUCGCCUUACUUUGGUCCAAAGGUCGCCCUACUUUGGUCCAAAGGUCGCCCUACUUUGGUCCAGAGGUCGAAGGGUCGCCUUACUUUGGUCCAAAAGUCGCCCUACUUUGGUCCAGAGGUCGGCGCACUUUGGUCCAAAGGUCGGCUUACUUUGGUCCAAAGGUCGGCUUACUUUGGUCCAAAGGUCGCCUUACUUUGGUCCAAAGGUCGCCUUACUUUGGUCCAAAGGUCGCCCUACUUUGGUCCAGAGGUCGCCGGGUCGCCUUACUUUGGUCCAAAAGUCGCCCUACUUUGGUCCAGAGGUCGGCGCACUUUGGUCCAAAGGUCGGCUUACUUUGGUCCAAAGGUCGGCUUACUUUGGUCCAAAGGUCGCCUUACUUUGGUCCAAAGGUCGCCUUACUUUGGUCCAAAGGUCGCCCUACUUUGGUCCAGAGGUCGCCGCACUUUGGUCCAGAGGUCGCCUGUGGUCCCGCGGUCGUCUUCGGUCCCAAGGUCGUCUUUGGUUUCAAGGUCGUCUUUGGUCCCAGUGUCGUCUUAAGUCCCAAGGUCUCCUGUGGUCCAGAGGUCGCCUGUGGUCCAAAGGUCGCCCCUGGGUCAAAGAUCGCCUUUGGGCCAAAGAUCGUCUUUGGGUCAAAGAUCGCCUGUGCUCCAAAGGUCGUCUUUGGUCCAAAGGUCGCCUUUAGUCCGAAGAUCGCCCUUGGUCCAACGGUCGCCCUUCGUCCAAAGCUCGUCUUUGGUCCAAAGAUCGGCUUUGGUCCAUGUGUCUUUGGUCCAAGGUCUUUGCCCUUUCGGUGGGCGGUCUUUCGUUGGCUGUCUCUCUUUGGACUUUUCUCCCCAGCUUGCGCCCCCACCCCCGUCGGCCAUUUUUCUGCCUUCUUUUCUGGUGGUCUGCCACGGGGCCGCAACGUAAAUCCCAACAAGGAAACGGCCGGAGGCUAUCGGGCUUGAGACUGAGGGGAAAGGGCAGGAGACUAUGGGCAAUAGCUUCGCGAAAGAAGCUGACUAAUCUCCGGUGGGUUAGGCGGGGAGUUUUAUGGCGGCGAUCAAUGGCGAGAUUAAUAAUAUAGAUUAAUAAUAUAGAUUUUUUUUUUGUUAUGUUUUUUAUCUAUCAACUUAUAAUAAUUAUUAUUAAUAUGACCACUAUCUAGGUCUAGCAACAGAAAUAGAAACUCAAAAGCGCCGUUUUGAGCUUCAUCAAUAGUAUACAGCUAGUCUCUCCCCACGAAAUUGGAAUCAGGUUCAGCAGUUCUGCUAGCGCAAGCGGGAUUAGUGCGCCAACGACAUUCCAAACGGAUCCCGCCAAGCAUAGAGGUAAGGGCGGGCCUCCGCUUUCUAUUUCUUCACCACCAGCCAUAGCUUCCACGAUAGGUGUUCCUCCUCCUGGAGGAGGCGCCACUCCUGGCGCGCCUAGUGGAACUACUACGACUGCCGGUUCCAAUACUGGUGGAGGCACCACGACCGCAGGAGCAGGAGGACCUGCAAGUAACGCUGCUGGUGCUGCACCAGGUUCCUCCAACACGACAACCCACCAGAGCGUAACCAUCAACAUUCUCCCCUCGUCGCUGAAGAACGCGGACAGUUUUCCCGUGACAAACUACUUUCCUUACUGGUUCACUGACAAUCGCAUCCAGACAGAGUUUUUACGAGAUGGGUAUACGGAUGUGCUUGUGCAGAACAGGAUGAUGAAAGUCCCGCACGAGGAACGAGAGUCCUUCGUCGCUUAUAUCAAGCAAAAGGAGCGCGCGGCGAUCUCAGAAAUCAUCGAGCAUGGCAUCUUACGCGAUGACGAACUUGGAAUACCAGAAAAACCAACUCGACGAGGCGAAUUACCAAAAAAAGAAAGUAUUUUUUUUUCUUGCUACCACGUCAUUACUAAAUCUGCUUUUACCAACCACGUCGUUUUCAACGUCAUCUACUGCUUCAUUACUAAAUCUAUCAUCUGGUUCAACAUGAUCUCCUUCAUUACUAUGAAUGGUUCUGGUAUUUGGUAACCUGAAUUUGAUCCUAAGGGAAAACAAGAAGAGAACCCUUAGGAUCGAAUUCAGGUUACCAAAUACCAGAACCAUUCAUACUAAUAAUCUAUCUGGCACAUGAACAUGAUCUACUGCUUCAUUACUAAAUCUAUCUGGCUUAAUAUCUCUAUUUGCAGCAACAAGAAAGAAAACAUCCUUGAACCAUCCUCAGCUGGGAACACGCCGUUACCCGAAAAUUUCCUGGAUUUGGGUUUGAAUCUGUACUUUCUGACGAUAGCUCAUGGUAAGCCGAUGCCGGUCUCAACGAUCCCCGCGAAUUACCAUAGACACUUCGGCCACAAAUUUCCGAUGGAAAAGUACUUACAUCAUUAGGAUGACGAUCAUCUACACCGUCGUGUUGAUGUUGUUCAUGGUUCAUUCUUCUGAAGAUGUAGAUAAGAUGUUCUUUUUUAUAAUUUUGUUGCUGCUCGCCAGAGAAGAUACGACACUGUCCCAAAGCUCUACAGUACAACUCCUUGACUGUCACAGUCAAGGAGUUGUACUGUAGAGCUAUCCAAUGCACACCUUUCUUGCUCUACAGCACAACUACUUGCUUUUCUUGCUAGUAAGCUCAAUAGAAUUUUUGUAACUGACACGUUCUACUUCAUGAACAACAUGAUCUUCUUCAGGUUCAAUCUUGCCAGUGCUGGUCCACUUGAGAAAAAGUUGGAGGACUUUUGCGGAAAACUGUUCGUGUUCAGUCAAGAUUUCAGCGAUGCUCUGAUUGAGCCCGCUCACGGGUUCGACCCUGAAGACAUCUCCAUCUCCCAGCUUCGGAGUUUGAUCAACAUCAACCUGUCCACGUCGACCUUCAGCAAGACGUCAGGCCUGGGGCCAGCCAUGAUGGCUGGGCCUGCCGCCGCGCAUAGUUCCUUUGGUGGAGGUGGAGGUUCCGGAGGUGGAGGUCAUCAUGGCGCCGGUUUUCCUCCACAUCAUCGUGGUGCUCCUGUGAUGAACGGCACUUCUCACGGCAACAUUGGUGGCAUCAAUAGCGGAUCUUCCGUGAUGGUGCCACCUCCAGGUGUAGUUCCCGGGAGACGCGUUUUCCAGGGAGAACUACCAGACGAGGUAGUCUGCAAUUGCGCGAGGUCAUUGCACCGCUUGCUCAAGUUUCUGCAUGCCAAGCGAAGGCGAAGGCUGCGUGCUGCAGCAAGAGCGGAACAACAACUCCAGAUGAACACUACUGGUUCUGGUGAAGAUGAAACUGCAGUCAUCUUAGAUAAUGCCGUCUCGAAGAGACGGAGAAGUGGCACCAGUGGGGCUGGAGGCGAGGACCACGAUAGGACUGGUGCUGAAGAGGGACCAAACGCAGAGGACGCGGAGGCGGCCAAAAAGAGACGGACGGAUGCAGAUGGUACAAGUAGUAGCGGCGUUGUAGUAGGCGAGGACACCAUCAAGAACAAAACCACGACAACCGGAGAUCAGGCGACAAAAUCAGAGAAUUGUAGUGCUGUCAACCCGCAUCAAGCAGACGACGAUGACACUCUCGGAACCGCUAUUUCGAUAGCUGAGCUAGAAAGCGAAUACGAGAAGUUUUACAAGAUUCGUCCUAUGUUUCACACCUUGCCAAACUGUAAGAGUCUCUUGAAUUUCGUCCUGCGCUUCCCAAAGAUGUUCAUCCUGUGCAAUGACGUGCUAGAGCCGUCCGUUCGCGCAGGAGUGGAUGACUUGACACCCGACGAGCCCGCUGACCUAGAACACGGUGGAACACGUCUACGAGGAAACGCAGCGUUUUCAGGGGACCACAAGGAUAAGGUGACAAACAAUAACCUAGUAGAAGGUCAAGAAGAAGCAAGCAAUAUUAAAGGUCUACAACUUCUACCAGGAGGGGGAACAGCCGCAGCAGGUGCAGGAGUUGCACUUCCAGACGGAGUUGCCCUUGCUGCGAAAGUUUCGUCCAAAAUGAGUGAAGGCACAGUCGGCGGCCUUCGUCAGAAAGAGCAGCCUCGCUACAAUUUGCCUCUGGAGAGUGAAGGAAAGCUGGACGUGCCUAAGAGCAUUCGGCGAUUUGAGGUCGGCGCUGCGGAGAAGUUUGUAGGCAUGGCCGUAAACCUGCUGUGUGAAGACCGCCAACAGAUGGGCGCGCGAGAGGCCGACGAAAAAUUCGCAGAAUUUGACUACGUCGAAGAACUUGUGAACAGCUUGGGAGGCAUGGUUCGCGUUACGCCGCAGUUCCGAACGAUCCGGGAGCCAGCUCGAACAGCUAUGGCCAGCGUGCAUCGCGCCGCUUAUGCUGGAGUGCUACCGAUUGGAGGCGGUACUGGUGGCGGGGGAUCUUCUGGACCUGCUGCUCAGGGACUCCUCGGAGGAGGUCCUAGGACAGCCGGAGUGCCUGGGGGCUCUGGAGGUCCUGCAGGUGGAUCGAGCCACUACCAUCAGCUGAAUCCUUCCUCGGGCGGAGGUGGCAUGAUGGGCAAAGGCGCUGCUGGAGGAGGCGCUUCUACAAGCAUCUCGAGUGGAGGUACGAAAUAUGCGCGGGAAGUUGGCCCACAGCUCCCGGGUGGCAUGCGAACGGUGAAGGUCGUGACGCCAACUGCGCGCGCGCGUCCCCAAGCUGGUGUAGCAGGCGGAGGUGCAACAGGGGGUAUGGGCAACACACCAGGCGCUACGGGAGGGAUGCCGCCAACCGGUGUGAUGGUACCACCUGGUGUGAUCGGUAUGCCUCCACGACCGGGGAUGCCCUGGCAAUGGUCACAGCCAUCUUGGCCUCCCGCUCCAAGACGGUGGUGAACCACAACAACCACUACUUACUUUACUAGUAAGUUUCUGGUGCUAAAGACCUCCACCCCCACAACUUUGGUCACGACCCUGGUUUUCAAGUAGUUGUUGAUGUAGUACCCCUAGUUUUGAUAACAACUUCAACUUUUAUGUUGUAAAGUAUUGAUCACUCUCUACUUUUUUCCUUUCCUUUGUCCAAUCGUGGUAAAAAUCAACCCACCUGAGUUUUGAAUAAGAGUCGUGCAUAUAAUGCACACCCGGUGCAGCUGGAUAUAGUGGACUCACAUUUUCGACGUCGACCUCGACGCGCAGUGUAAAAAAUUCAACAAUGUUGAUGAACAACAUCAUGGUCUACACGAGACGCAAGCAGAGCCAGUCAAGAAAACACCAGUUUAUUAAGAUGAUUCACAUUUAAAAUGUGAUUGUCCGUGAUGUCGUUCAUCCUUCUAGCGGAGACUACGCAAUCAUCUUGUUGAACGAGACGUGUGAUCAUCAACGUGAAUGAGAAUGUAGUUAGUUGGAACAG